AAAGUACCAAGUGAAUAAUGCACAGGGUUUCUAUGUUUCAUAGUUAGUUGUGCGUGUGUACUUCGUAUAGGUCAGAAAUUGUAUUCAUAAUGGGUCUUAAGAAGGUAUUAAAGUCUUAAAUUUAACUUGUUCAAACCUGCAGAAACCCUGAAUGCAGAAUAUUAAGCAUUUCUUCGUCUUUUAGAUCUGAUAACCAACUUAUAAAUGCUAACGAUUUUAGCUAACGUCAAACCUAAUGGCCAAUGCUAAUGAGGCACAUGUCUUCAAUUUAGCUAACGCCUGCGCGUAAAUCGCCAUUGCUCAUGGGACCUAUGAGACCGAAAAAAAUGUAUGGGAGUCAAUGGAGAGAAAGUAAUUAUUUACUGAUCCCAGUCUUUAUAUGCCCCGGAUUACACAUAUGUUGUUUGUGGAUUUAAAUGAUAAUUUUUCAUGCAAAGAAAACUAUAAUUUAGCGGGAAGGAGUUUGAUACGGUUAGUUUUUGUGUGGGGCGCUUUGUGGACUACAACUCCCGCUGCUCUCGACGUGUAUGAUGUACGUCACCACCACUCGCAAACGGAUCCCGUCGGAACAUGGCUGUGUCUUUGGUGCACUUUACCACCUUCUUUCAAGGAGAGCACCAAAGCCUUGAUCGAGGUGAAAGAAGGUGGUAAAGUGCACCAAAGAGACAGCCAUGUUCCGACUGCGGGAUCUGUGUGAGCGCGACCCCUCCCCCUCCCACUCUGUCCUUCCGAACGAGCCAUGUGCAAAGACACCUCAUUCCCCCCCCCGCCACCCUCUCACAACGCAACAAGCAUGGAGGAUACCGCUAAAUAAAAUCAUACGGCGGAGUGAGACGAAUUUAUUUCAAAGAGGAUAAACAACGGCUCGGUUAAUUAAUUAAAAUAUACGAAACAAGCGAAAUUAAACCAAACAUGUUCCCAAAUGGAACAGAGGGGGAGGGGGGGGGGCGAUCUCGCCAUCUCGGUUGAACUCAGUGGUGACCGAGCGAAAUGAACUGUUUGAACUGUAAGUUCAAACAGUAUGAACUGUUUUCAUUGUGCUUGGUAUGAACUGUUUUCAUUGUGCUUGGACCACUUUGGUGGUUUAAAUGGUAAUUUCAAUCACUCGUAUUACUGCAAUACCUUACUGCGUCCGUAUCUCUGCCUAUGUACACAAAUAUAUUGUAUUUGUGUACAGCACUUUGGUCAACUACUGUUGUUUUAAAUGUGCUAUAUAAAUAAACUUGACUUGACUAUGGCUCGCCUGGUCCUCUGCCAAUGCUACCGCGAUAACAGCUUUCCGGGUGGCGUCCAUGUUUUCCUCCAACGACCGAGCGAAAUAAUAAAACGCUUGAAGUGUGGGCGUGGCGUCAGAUCUGAGAUCCGAGUCGGUUCGCAGAGAAUACUCGAACGCAGCAUAACCUACAGCUGUAUAUUAUUGUUUUGCACGGGUGAAUAUUUGUUUAGAUGAAAAACUGUUUCCCUUUUUUUUUUUUUACAUGUUCAUGCCAUGUGCCAGCCAGAGUUCCUUAAUGGCACAACCAAUGUUCUAACUGGCAGCUAUUUUUGUAACCUUCAAAGUGUUCCAUUCUGUUAAAAAAUAACGAUACAAAAUCAAAUGUUGCAGUCAUACUGACCUGUGUUUUGUGAUGCUAAAUCAAAUACACAAAUACUUGUUGUUGUUGUUGUAAUAGUGGAAGGACGACAACAAUGCUGUUCAAAGUGCAAUACCACGGAAAGAAGAAGUACAUUAAACUUAAUGGAGACUCACAUUCAGAAUUUCUCAAAGAGGCUAAAGUGAAGUUCAGCAUCUCCACUGAGACAGACAUAUAUGUGCUGGAUGACACUGGAACAGAGGUCGAUGAAGAGGUCUUCACCGACAUCCUGGAGGAAAAAACGGACAUCCUGUGGACGAUUGUUGAUGUUCUUUCAGUCUCUGACUCUCCUGUCCCAUCCUCAUGCAAUGACACCUUGUCACUAUCGUCACCCACAUCAGAGAGUGAUACUUCUCUGAUGUCUUCAAAAAGAUGGCCCAUCGAUAAUUCCUUUCUAAUGUCUCCAAAAAGACAGUGCACAGAUGGCACCAUCUUGAAGUCCACACAAAGUCAGCAUAUUGAUGACAGUUCUUCACAGGCCAAAGAGCUUGUCAAGAGAGUUCUGGAACAAAAGCCUGGAGGGGAGAAGAUACUUAAAGAAUAUGCCAUGAGAGGAGAAUUUAAGGACCGGACACGCCGUGAACUUGUCAACAUCAUUGUUGCUGAUAUGGUGGAAAAAUAUGGACGUGCUCCACCAAAGGACAAAAGAACACAGUAUGCAUGGGGGAUUGUAACACUGUUUCCUUCUCUAAAAGACCCCUACUCCAAAAAAGGCUAUGAACAUUUCUAUGAUGCAGAUAGCAACGAGGGCUACAUUGCAUGGAAGCUUAAAAACACACAGCGGGACCUCAACAGUGGCAGCAGUAGCAGUGGAUUUAGGAGAAUGAGCUCUCACACCUCAAACAGCAGUGGACCACAGUUGGAGAGAGAAGUGUCUAAAGAGCUCCAGCUGGAGGGAGACCAAUGUUGCGAGGCCAUUUCUCUACUGAAACACAGCACGGACAAAGAACAGAUAUUCAUGAAAAUGAAAGCAACCUUCAACCACAGACAACAGCUGAUCCACGAUCCUGAGCAAUGCAGCACAGUUCUUACACUGUUCCCAAGGUUCCUUGACACGAAAGGCCUGGUCUUGCAGGACUUUGACCUGUUGUUUAGUGCUGAGACUUCUUCAAAACUUCUUGAGAAAUGGGGAACACUCCUGAAGGUAAAAGUAAUAGAGCAAGCCAAAAACCUCAACAAGACACCCCUUCUUGACGACCUCAUUCAGUCUGCAGAGGAGAACCCUGAUGAGGAUGAUGAAGUGCCAGGUUGGGAUAGUGACAUGGCUUCACUUCUCCUCCUGGUGUACCUCCUUCCACCACCUCCAAGUGGAAAGAAGGGAGCGGUUAAACUCAGUAUCCGGGAAGCUGUUGAUCGUGUGGUCAAAUUUCACAAGUCAAGUCGCAGCCUUCAGGAACACUCUGGUCCAGACCAGCGGAGGCAGCCCUACAUCCUGGCAGUUGGGACGGCAAGAAACAGCAUCCAUCAGUACUACAUUGCGAUGGAUAAUGGGCUCCUUCCCUGCAAUGCCAGGUCUUCCCUCUCAGCCUUUGAUGAACUUUUCAAGGCACAUUAUGUGUUUGGUGUCUCCUAUGACCAGGGCCCCUGGGUUGAGCGACGCCAUCUGAGAAACGGGAGAAACGAGGGGGAAGAUGAGGAAGAGGUGGACAGCGAGGACGAGGCCGAAUCUGGCGCAGAAUGGAACAGAGGCGUUCAAGCGGGAGCAGCACUGGAGGAGUGUCCGGAUGCAGCUGAACCAGCUCCUGAUCCGGCACCUCCACGGCUGUUAUGGGUGGAGACUUUGUAG